GGCCAAUGAAAUCCAUGUGGCUUUAAGACCGAUUAGUUCGAUUAUUGAGUUCUCCUCGGAUGGCACGGGUAUCCCUCAGUUCUACCAUGCGACAAUGAAGGAAUUCAUCACUGGUUACCCUAUUGGUGAUGAAAAUGACCAGGAAUUCUUUAUCAAUGACAAAAAGGGGUAUUUUCUCGCAUUGCCGCUCCUCCGGUUCAUAGAUGGGCUCAUUAGACAGAAUGAACUUGACAUCCCCUGUCAAUUAUGUUGUAAACUACUUGUUUGACCACUUGGACCCCUCGCAGCUCCUCCUGCAGCAACCCAAUGAACUGCACAACGAGUUCAACCACUUCCUCACAAAGAAUCUACUCUCAUUUGUUGCAAUGUGUGGAAAAUUGAAAGUCCUGGAUGAGCUACUCCAACAUAAGGAUCAUGGUUCCCUCCAGCUGCUGACAGAAGCCAAGAUGGCAUUGGGCUUCUUAGGCAUCCAUGGUGCAAAUAUGGCAUUUUCUUGGCCUCCCGACCAAUCCAGCAGGCCUCCAUUCUUCCCUUGGCACCUCUACCGAUCCGUUCUUCCCUUUUCCCCAUCAUCUUCCCUGCUUUUCCAGUGGUAUCGUCAUCUUUCUGACCCUGUCAAGGUCUUCAGUAUCACCGGAGAGUUUUCCGGCCAUUCUAUUCCUCUAAGUGAUAACGCACUCCGCACUUGGAAAAUUAUGGAAGGGAAGCUCAGGAAGCCAAAGGAGGUUGGUUUCAGAGCCGAAUUUCUUCCCCAUGAUGUUCGCAAUGGUGUUGCGGUUUGUGCAACGCUCUCUGCAGAUGGCCGUUACAUUGCACUUGGCUUUGGAAGCAGUGCCAUCGAGAUCGCUGAUAUUGAUGGCCAGUGCACUAUCUUCCAACAGUGGGAUAUGACCGAACCUCCGUCUUGGAUUGAGUUCGUCUGUGGUAACACCCAAAUUGCGACCGAGGAUAUUAGAGGGAACAUAGUCAUCCUCGGCCAUGGCCCCCAGCCUGUGAAGGUUGGUUCCAUCCCAAAUGACAAUCUCUCUGUCAUCACUGCGGUUGCAGAUAACGGAUCAUUCAUUGUUCGAGUUUCACCAAAACAUUGGCACAAAAACAUCGAAAUCCUUCAUGUUUUGGAACAGCCAUCUAUCCAGUAUCUUACCUUCCCCAACAUAUCAUCUCCCCCCGGUCAGCCAUUCUUCACCGUCACGCGCUUCUAA